AUGGCGGGCGCCGGGCGCCGCAGCGAGCGCCCCGGCUACGCCCGCCGCGGCGGCGCCGUGGCCGCCAGCGCCGCGGCGGCCGCCCUGCUGCUCGGAUGGCCGCGCUGCUGGGCCGGCGCGAACGCGCGCGGGGCAUUGCUGGGAUCGCGUGCGGGUGCGGCGGCGCGGCGCGGAGAGCGCACGCGCGUGCAGGCUGUCGGGCUGGUGUACUCUUCCCAGACGCCUUGGUGCACCUUCGCCCUCCCGCCGUCGGGGAGAGGGCUGGGCUGCGGCCGCUGGACCUGGAGGACGUCAACUUGCCAGAGUUGGAGAGCUACGAGGGUGUUUUCUUCUUCGACCAUCGUUGGGUGCCCGACCUGGAACACGAACGCCGACGAGUACCGCUCGGGGACCGCGUGGGACGAUUGCGUGCUCGAGCUGAAGACGAUGGAGUUUGGCGGCAAGCCAGUGGCGGUGUUCGGCUGCGGCGACUCGGUGCACUACAGUAACAAUUUCUGCGACGCGAUCGAGGAGAUCCACUCCGCGUUCCAGGCGGCCGGUGCGCGGAUGAUCGGCUACGUGGACGCGGCGGGUUACCGGCACCAGAAGUCCAAGAGCCUGCGGGACGGCAAGUUUCUCGGGCUCGCCCUGGACAAGGACAACGAGGAUGAGCUGACCGAGGGCCGCAUAGCCGCGUGGGUCGAACAACUUCGUGCGGAGGGCAUGCCGCUCUAA